AGUACAACGGAGCCAGAAAAAGAAGCAGCUGCUGUUAAAAUAUCUACUACUUCUGCUUCUCCCUCCUUUUCCACUGAAACAGCUACCGCCAUCUCAAGUGAGCAACCAGAACAGACAAGUACAGAUAUGUCUCCAGGCAGUGAGACCUCCGCUGGCACAUCAUCGUCUUUGUUAAGUACUGAAAAACCGACCAUGAUACCCUCAGGAAAGUCGUCAGUCUCGCCAAUCACAGAGAAGACAGAGAUCAGUGCUGAUCUAACAUCUAAAGAUGAAGCUGGUUCUGGUGAUGAAGCUGGUUCUGGUGAUGAAGCUCCUGACGUGUUCUCUCAGAUGUCUGCUGUCACAACUGUAUCUUCCCUGGCAAGCACAGAGGGACCUUCCACAGUGUCAUCAGAAACUGUAGUGGAUAUUUCAAAUCAGACAGUGAUGCCAUCAACAUAUGUUGCCUCAGAUGUCACAAAGACCAGUUCCAUAACCAGCUCUCAAAGUUCAACAUCACCUGAGGCAUCCGUUGAUUCUAGCGAUGAGAUCGAGGAAUAUGGUGUUAGCAAAGAACCUAUCAUGCUGGAAUCUUCCCCUUCCUUCUAUGGAUCAAGCACAGAGGCGGCCACAGCCGUAGUAACUACUCCUUCUGACACAGAAUUUCCAGCGGACCUGACUUCUACGAUAUUUACUGAUGAAUCUUUAAUUAUCUCAACCACCAUUUCUUCUUUGUUCACCACAGAGAAACCUGCAGUGACCACAGCAUCAGAUAAAGCAAUUGAUGGUAUAAAAUCAACCUUGUCCCCACCUUCUUCACUCUAUAGUACAGAGAAACCAGCAUUCACAACAAAACCUCAAGAAAAUGUCUCUACAGAUCAAUCCUCUAUCACAGCAGAGGCUAGUUCCAUUUUUGCAUCAACAGAGGAGGGCUCUGGUGAAGUAACAUCUGAUGGGUCUCCUAAAGAGACUGAAACAGAAUCAUCAACAUCAACGUUCAGCACAAAGAAACCAUCAGUGACAACAGAAUCCCAUGAAACAAUUGACAGUUCAAGGACAACAGCAUAUCCAGCAUCCUCUCUGUACAGCACUGACACGCCCACAAGCCAAUCAAAGACAGCCUCUGUUACACCAGGAGAUAGUGUAGUUUCAUCUUCAACCCUUGAAGAGGGCUCAGAUGGUCAAACAAUUGAUGUGUCUACCCAAGAGACUGUUACUACCACAUCAUCCUCUGUGUUGAGUACAACGGAGCCAGAAAAAGAUGCAGCUGCUGUUAAAAUAUCUACUACUUCUGCUUCUCCCUCCUUUUCCACUGAAACAGCUACCGCCAUCUCAAGUGAGCAACCAGAACAGACAAGUACAGAUAUGUCUCCAGGCAGUGAGACCUCCGCUGGCACAUCAUCGUCUUUGUUAAGUACUGAAAAACCGACCAUGAUACCCUCAGGAAAGUCGUCAGUCUCGCCAAUCACAGAGAAGACAGAGAUCAGUGCUGAUCUAACAUCUAAAGAUGAAGCUGGUUCUGGUGAUGAAGCUGGUUCUGGUGAUGAAGCUCCUGACGUGUUCUCUCAGAUGUCUGCUGUCACAACUGUAUCUUCCCUGGCAAGCACAGAGGGACCUUCCACAGUGUCAUCAGAAACUGUAGUGGAUAUUUCAAAUCAGACAGUGAUGCCAUCAACAUAUGUUGCCUCAGAUGUCACAAAGACCAGUUCCAUAACCAGCUCUCAAAGUUCAACAUCACCUGAGGCAUCCGCAGAUUCUAGCGAUGAGAUCGUGGAAUAUGGUGUUAGCAAAGAACCUAUCAUGCUGGAAUCUUCCCCUUCCUUCUAUGGAUCAAGCACAGAGGCGGCCACAGCAGUAGUAACUACUCCUUCUGAGACAGAAUUUCCAGCGGACCUGACUUCUACGAUAUUUACUGAUGAAUCUUUAAUUAUCUCAACCACCAUUUCUUCUUUGUUCACCACAGAGAAACCUGCAGUGACCACAGCAUCAGAUAAAGCAAUUGAUGGUAUAAAAUCAACCUUGUCCCCAUCUUCUUCACUCUAUAAUACAGAGAAACCAGCAUUCACAACAAAACCUCAAGAAAAUGUCUCUACAGAUCAAUCCUCUAUCACAGCAGAGGCUAGUUCCAUUUUUGCAUCAACAGAGGAGGGCUCUGGUGAAGUUACAUCUGAUGGGUCUCCUAAAGAGACUGAAACAGAAUCAUCAACAUCAACGUUCAGCACAAAGAAACCAUCAGUGACAACAGAAUCCCAUGAAACAAUUGACAGUUCAAGGACAACAGCAUAUCCAGCAUCCUCUCUGUACAGCACUGACACGCCCACAAGCCAAUCAAAGACAGCCUCUGUUACACCAGGAGAUAGUGUAGUUUCAUCUUCAACCCUUGAAGAGGGCUCAGAUGGUCAAACAAUUGAUGUGUCCACCCAAGAGACUGUUACUACCACAUCAUCCUCUGUGUUGAGUACAACGGAGCCAGAAAAAGAUGCAGCUGCUGUUAAAAUAUCUACUACUUCUGCUUCUCCCUCCUUUUCCACUGAAACAGCUACCGCCAUCUCAAGUGAGCAACCAGAACAGACAAGUACAGAUAUGUCUCCAGGCAGUGAGACCUCCGCUGGCACAUCAUCGUCUUUGUUAAGUACUGAAAAACCGACCAUGAUACCCUCAGGAAAGUCGUCAGUCUCGCCAAUCACAGAGAAGACAGAGAUCAGUGCUGAUCUAACAUCUAAAGAUGAAGCUGGUUCUGGUGAUGAAGCUGGUUCUGGUGAUGAAGCUCCUGACGUGUUCUCUCAGAUGUCUGCUGUCACAACUGUAUCUUCCCUGGCAAGCACAGAGGGACCUUCCACAGUGUCAUCAGAAACUGUAGUGGAUAUUUCAAAUCAGACAGUGAUGCCAUCAACAUAUGUUGCCUCAGAUGUCACAAAGACCAGUUCCAUAACCAGCUCUCAAAGUUCAACAUCACCUGAGGCAUCCGCAGAUUCUAGCGAUGAGAUCGUGGAAUAUGGUGUUAGCAAAGAACCUAUCAUGCUGGAAUCUUCCGCUUCCUUCUAUGGAUCAAGCACAGAGGCGGCCACAGCAGUAGUAACUACUCCUUCUGAGACAGAAUUUCCAGCGGACCUGACUUCUACGAUAUUUACUGAUGAAUCUUUAAUUAUCCCAACCACCAUUUCUUCUUUGUUCACCACAGAGAAACCUGCAGUGACAACAGCAUCAGAUAAAGCAAUCGAUGGUAUCAAAUCAACCUUGUCCCCACCUUCCUCACUCUAUAGUACAGAGAAACCAGCAUUCACAACAAAACCUCAAGAAAAUGUCUCAACAGAUCAAUCCUCUAUCACAGCAGAGGCUAGUUCCAUUUUUGCAUCAACAGAGGAGGGCUCUGGUGAAGUUACAUCUGAUGGGUCUCCUAAAGAGACUGAAACAGAAUCAUCAACAUCAACGUUCAGCACAAAGAAACCUUCAGUGACAACAGAAUCCCAUGAAACAAUUGACAGUUCAAGGACAACAGCAUAUCCAGCAUCCUCUCUGUACAGCACUGACACGCCCACAAGCCAAUCAAAGACAGCCUCUGUUACACCAGGAGAUAGUGUAGUUUCAUCUUCAACCCUUGAAGAGGGCUCAGAUGGUCAAACAAUUGAUGUGUCCACCCAAGAGACUGUUACUACCACAUCAUCCUCUGUGUUGAGUACAACGGAGCCAGAAAAAGAUGCAGCUGCUGUUAAAAUAUCUACUACUUCUGCUUCUCCCUCCUUUUCCACUGAAACAGCUACCGCCAUCUCAAGUGAGCAACCAGAACAGACAAGUACAGAUAUGUCUCCAGGCAGUGAGACCUCCGCUGGCACAUCAUCGUCUUUGUUAAGUACUGAAAAACCGACCAUGAUACCCUCAGGAAAGUCGUCAGUCUCGCCAAUCACAGAGAAGACAGAGAUCAGUGCUGAUCUAACAUCUAAAGAUGAAGCUGGUUCUGGUGAUGAAGCUGGUUCUGGUGAUGAAGCUCCUGACGUGUUCUCUCAGAUGUCUGCUGUCACAACUGUAUCUUCCCUGGCAAGCACAGAGGGACCUUCCACAGUGUCAUCAGAAACUGUAGUGGAUAUUUCAAAUCAGACAGUGAUGCCAUCAACAUAUGUUGCCUCAGAUGUCACAAAGACCAGUUCCAUAACCAGCUCUCAAAGUUCAACAUCACCUGAGGCAUCCGCAGAUUCUAGCGAUGAGAUCGUGGAAUAUGGUGUUAGCAAAGAACCUAUCAUGCUGGAAUCUUCCCCUUCCUUCUAUGGAUCAAGCACAGAGGCGGCCACAGCAGUAGUAACUACUCCUUCUGAGACAGAAUUUCCAGCGGACCUGACUUCUACGAUAUUUACUGAUGAAUCUUUAAUUAUCCCAACCACCAUUUCUUCUUUGUUCACCACAGAGAAACCUGCAGUGACAACAGCAUCAGAUAAAGCAAUCGAUGGUAUCAAAUCAACCUUGUCCCCACCUUCCUCACUCUAUAGUACAGAGAAACCAGCAUUCACAACAAAACCUCAAGAAAAUGUCUCAACAGAUCAAUCCUCUAUCACAGCAGAGGCUAGUUCCAUUUUUGCAUCAACAGAGGAGGGCUCUGGUGAAGUUACAUCUGAUGGGUCUCCUAAAGAGACUGAAACAGAAUCAUCAACAUCAACGUUCAGCACAAAGAAACCUUCAGUGACAACAGAAUCCCAUGAAACAAUUGACAGUUCAAGGACAACAGCAUAUCCAGCCUCCUCUCUGUACAGCACUGACACGCCCACAAGCCAAUCAAAGACAGCCUCUGUUACACCAGAAGAUAGUGUAGUUUCAUCUUCAACCCUUGAAGAGGGCUCAGAUGGUCAAACAAUUGAUAUGUCCACCCAAGAGACUGUUACUACCACAUCAUCCUCUGUGUUGAGUACAACGGAGCCAGAAAAAGAAGCAGCUGCUGUUAAAAUAUCUACUACUUCUGCUUCUCCCUCCUUUUCCACUGAAACAGCUACCGCCAUCUCAAGUGAGCAACCAGAACAGACAAGUACAGAUAUGUCUCCAGGCAGUGAGACCUCCGCUGGCACAUCAUCGUCUUUGUUAAGUACUGAAAAACCGACCAUGCUACCCUCAGGAAAGUCGUCAAUCUCGCCAAUCACAGAGAAGACAGAGAUCAGUGCUGAUCUAACAUCUAAAGAUGAAGCUGGUUCUGGUGAUGAAGCUGGUUCUGGUGAUGAAGCUCCUGACGUGUUCUCUCAGGUGUCUGCUGUCACAACUGUAUCUUCCCUGGCAAGCACAGAGGGACCAUCCACAGUGUCAUCAGAAACUGUAGUGGAUAUUUCAAAUCAGACAGUGAUGCCAUCAACAUAUGUUGCCUCAGAUGUCACAAAGACCAGUUCCAUAACCAGCUCUCAAAGUUCAACAUCACCUGAGGCAUCCGCAGAUUCUAGCGAUGAGAUUGUGGAAUAUGGUGUUAGCAAAGAACCUAUCAUGCUGGAAUCUUCCCCUUCCUUCUAUGGAUCAAGCACAGAGGCGGCCACAGCCGUAGUAACUACUACUUCUGACACAGAAUUUCCAGCGGACCUGACUUCUACGAUAUUUACUGAUGAAUCUUUAAUUAUCUCAACCACCAUUACUUCUUUGUGUACCACAGAGAAACCUGCAUUGACAACAGCAUCAGAUAAUGCAAUUGAUGGUAUAAAAUCAACCUUGUCCCCAGCUUCCUCACUCUAUAGUACAGAGAAACCAGCAUUCACAACAAAACCUCAAGAAAAUGUCUCUACAGAUCAAUCCUCUAUCACAGCAGAGGCUAGUUCCAUUUUUGCAUCAACAGAGGAGGGCUCUGGUGAAGUAACAUCUGAUGGGUCUCCUAAAGAGACUGAAACAGAAUCAUCAACAUCAACGUUCAGCACAAAGAAACCAUCAGUGACAACAGAAUCCCAUGAAACAAUUGACAGUUCAAGGACAACAGCAUAUCCAGCCUCCUCUCUGUACAGCACUGACACGCCCACAAGCCAAUCAAAGACAGCCUCUGUUACACCAGAAGAUAGUGUAGUUUCAUCUUCAACCCUUGAAGAGGGCUCAGAUGGUCAAACAAUUGAUAUGUCCACCCAAGAGACUGUUACUACCACAUCAUCCUCUGUGUUGAGUACAACGGAGCCAGAAAAAGAAGCAGCUGCGGUUAAAAUAUCUACUACUUCUGCUUCUCCCUCCUUUUCCACUGAAACAGCUACCGCCAUCUCAAGUGAGCAACCAGAACAGACAAGUACAGAUAUGUCUCCAGGCAGUGAGACCUCCGCUGGCACAUCAUCGUCUUUGUUACGUACUGAGAAACCAAGCAAGUUACCCUCAGGAAAGUCGUCAGUCUCGCCAACAACAGAGAAGACAGAGAUCAGUGCUGAUCUAACAUCUAAAGAUGUAGCUGGUUCUGGUGAUGAAGCUGGUUCUGGUGAUGAAGCUCCUGACGUGUUCUCUCAGAUGUCUGCUGUUACAACUGUAUCUUCCCUGGCAAGCACAGAGGGACCAUCCACAGUGUCAUCAGAAACUGUAGUGGAUAUUUCAAAUCAGACAGUGAUGCCAUCAACAUAUGUUGCCUCAGAUGUCACAAAGACCAGUUCCAUAACCAGCUCUCAAAGUUCAACAUCACCUGAGGCAUCCGCAGAUUCUAGCGAUGAGAUUGUGGAAUAUGGUGUUAGCAAAGAACCUAUCAUGCUGGAAUCUUCCCCUUCCUUCUAUGGAUCAAGCACAGAGGCGGCCACAGCAGUAGUAACUACUCCUUCUGACACAGAAUUUCCAGCGGACCUGACUUCUACGAUAUUUACUGAUGAAUCGUUAAUUAUCUCAACCACCAUUUCUUCUUUGUUCACCACAGAGAAACCUGCAGUGACAACAGCAUCAGAUAAAGCAAUUGAUGGUAUCAAAUCAACCUUGUCCCCACCUUCCUCACUCUAUAGUACAGAGAAACCAGCAUUCACAACAAAACCUCAAGAAAAUGUCUCUACAGAUCAAUCCUCUAUCACAGCAGAGGCUAGUUCCAUUUUUGCAUCAACAGAGGAGGGCUCUGGUGAAGUAACAUCUGAUGGGUCUCCUAAAGAGACUGAAACAGAAUCAUCAACAUCAACGUUCAGCACACAGAAACCAUCAGUGACAACAGAAUCCCAUGAAACAAUUGACAGUUCAAGGACAACAGCAUAUCCAGCCUCCUCUCUGUACAGCACUGACACGCCCACAAGCCAAUCAAAGACAGCCUCUGUUACACCAGAAGAUAGUGUAGUAUUAUCUUCAACCCUUGAAGAGAGCUCAGGGGUUGAAACAUCUCAUUUGUCCACACAAGAGACUGUUACUAUCACAUCAACUUCUGUAAAGAGUACAAAGGAGCCAGGACAACAAGCAUCUUCUGUUACAAUAUCCACCACUUCUGCAUCCCCCUCCUUUCCCACUGAAAAAGCUACCGCCAUCUCAAGUGAGCAACCAGAACAGACAAGUACAGAUAUAUCGUCAAGUGAUGACACAUCCAUCAGUAUAGCUACUGUGUUGCCCACAUAUUUGUCCACUGUAACCAGUGUCUCUGCAUCUUCAAUACAGUCAACAGAAGAAGGUCCAAUAGAAACACCUUCAGAGGCUACAAAGGAGGAAACAUCAAUGGACCACACAGUUUCUUCAUCGUCUCCAUCAACAACUCUGCAAACCCGUGGUUAUCCCACAAGAGUCACUUCGACAUUCAUCGACAUGGAGAGUUCUGGGGACUCAUUUGUGGAUGAUGAUCUGGGGAGCACUCCUGAUGGAUCAGGUUCUGAACUACUGAUGGAGACCUUUAUAAAUUCAAAAGUGGGAGUCACUCCUGCCCCAGUUAAGACUGAGAUGGUUGAGCAGAGCACAUCAGCAGUGCCAAGCUUUGCAACAUCAACUUAUUUAAGCACAAAGCCAACCAUGGAUUCAGAAUCAUCAACCCAACCUCCAUACAUUACAAGCACAGAGACUUUAACUGUCACUAUCUCUGUGUCACCGGGUGGAAGCACAGCUGACCACACACAGGAUUUUUUUAUUCAGUCCUCCAAUGUAACAGAUUCAUCUGUCUACACAACUGAGUCAACCACAGAAGUCUUGGCUACAAAUGAGCAUAUUGAUUCAGCCUUCCCAGAAACAAUUACAAGUACUGAUGAAACAGUUUCUAUAACAUCGGCAAAACCUGAAACACAAUCAGAUGGUUCAGGGGACCUAUUAACAGAUGUGUCAUCAAUGUUCAGCACAGUGAUACCAAAAGUAAUAACGUCGUCACAUGAAACAACAACAGGUUCCAUUUCAAAAUCUGAUGUAACAGCAGCUUCUUUCCCCAUCAGCUCUGAAGAAUCAACCACGGCCCCUUCAAAUAUGACGAUAUCCAAUUCUGUCUCAUUACGGCCUUUGUUGACUGAUACAUCGAAAUCCACCCUAACAAUUACUUUGAUGGAAGAAAAAAGUUCCAGUUUCCAUCCCCCUGGGGUAUUCACUUCGAAUCCAUCAGAAGCCACGGGUGAAACAGAGUAUUUUGUUUCAGUAACACCAGGCUCUGAUGAGAUGGCUACCUCAAAAGAAAGGGAGAUUAUCCGAGCUACAGAAAGCACUGUGAGUUCUGAAACAACACAGACUCCAAGUCAUAGCCGCAUGGACGAAAGUAAUACUUUAGCUGAGCAAACAAGAGACUACUCCCAUCCAACCAUGAUGCCCAAUGCAACCUUAAAGUUAGUCAGUGAUCACACUUCAAGUGACACCACCAAGUCAAGCUCAAGCAGUGAAUUCCCAUCAAUUUCAACCGCUUUCCCCUCUAUUGUUUACCAUUCUGUGACAGACCAACAGAUUCUGAUUAUUAGUCCCACAACCAGCCAAACCAAUGCUGAACUAAGUGAACAGACCCCUACAAUGAUUCUGCAUGGGACCAAACCAUCAGCAAGCACCACUCGCAUAUUCACAGAGGAAGCCACAGAUGAGGAUACGAUUUUCUCAACAGUGACAGAUGGCAUGAAACAUGGAAGCCUAGACCCUGGCCUUAUUACCAAAGAUAAUACUAUCAUCGAUGCAGACACUUUUUCUGUGGUUUCCACCAUUCAGACUGAGGAAGAAGGAGGUUUCACAGCAGUUACGAUGACACCCAUGCUGGAUGGGACAGAAGAGAUAAAAGGUUCUGGAAGUGAUGAGGUAAUUUCUGAAUCCACUCCAGCCACCCUUGAUUCAACAUCAGAAUCCUCUGAAAAUUCCUCUCAUCGUUCAGAAUCAACAAGCAGCUCUGCAGAGAUCAAAAUGGUCCCAACAGAAGAAGAAGAAGAAGGCAGCUCUAGUAGUUCUAGUGAGUCAUCCAGUGCUGAGGCAGUGACAUUUGCGCCACAGAGCACGGGGGAAUCUAAAUUAUUGACUGUGCAAUAUAGCACGUUCCCCACUGCAAGUGCCGACCAAACCACUCAACGAAUGGAUGCUGAUUCUACGAGUGACAGCAUUAACGAUAAGGAGAGUGGGUCUACCACAGAAAUCUCAUCCACUUUGCCUCCUUCUCAAGCUUCAAACGAAUCAGCUGAAAUUGUGACAACAGCAGUGCUUAAAGGUCAAGAUACAACAGCAAAUGCAAAGACUACUGCUUCUUCACUGUUCCGUACUAAGACCCCAAUUGUUUCUGUAUCAGAUAUUACGGGUGAGCCUACUGCCACAGUAAAAGCAGAACAAGGAAGCCUUUCCUCUAUAUCAGAUAUCACAACAGAGGAAAGCUCUGGUCAGCCAAGCACAGCUAUGUUUACAGAAGAACCUUCUUUGUACAGCACAACCAAACCCCUAAAAGAUAUGAACACAGAAGAGGCACUGAGACCCACUGCCUCCCUGCAUGCCACGGAGGAACCCACCAUUUCCUCUGGCACAGAUGUGACCAGCAAAGAUGACUCAUCUGAACAAACCCCACCUAGAACAAUGGUCAAUGAAACAGUGAUGGUGGAACAAGAGCCAAUCCCCACUAUUUCAGCUACUACAAGUGUAGGAGCUGUGUCAUCUCUUUAUAGCACCCAAAAACCAGUUAUCACAUCGAGUCCAGAUUUGACUGAGUACUCUACCUUUUCAGAGACUUCCACAGUGUACACAUAUACAGUAAAGAUUGAUGAACUGCCUUCCACAAACGUUCCAACUUCACCCCAAGUUACUAAACAGCCAUCAGCGGCAAAUGGCAUUGAUGGUGAGAGAGACGGUGACAAGGCAAUGGAUACAACCACUGACCAAAACAACAUCUCCAAAUUAUCACCGAAAAUUAUAAUAGAUGGAAAUACUUUAUCCACCUCCACGUCCUCACGUCCUCACAGCACAGAGAAAACACUGACUGAAACAGAAAGAGAUGAAGCUACUAAGGAAUCAACUGAAGAAUCAGUCUCAUCAAUGGAACUUCAUACAGCAUCGUCUCAACAAUGGGUCUCAGUUCCUUCCUCUGCCAUCGCAACAUCAUCAACACCUGUGGACAAAGUUCAAUUUGUCACCACUUUUGUGCCGGUACCUGAAGUAACAUCAUCAGCAGAAUCUUAUCAGCAGGCCAGGUCGGAGAUUACGUUUAUACAUCAUUCCUCAGUCGCUGUCAGCGCAGCGGAAAUAGUUUCGGCUACAACAAUCACAACUAUGGUCUCCAGUGAGAGGACCACCUCCCCUCCUACUGAAAAGGGUGUCACUGCAUCAACAACUGAUAACUCUUUGUUCAAUGACUCAUCCAGCCAGUCAACUGCUACCCUAGAAGUUUCAACUUCCGCAGAAAGCCUCCCUGAAAAACAGGAUGGUGUUGAAAAUACAUCUGAUAAAACUGAAGCAUCGACCAAAGUCCCAAUGACCACCUUCUCUAGUGUGGAUAAAGUUGUGGAUUACAACAGCACAGGGCCUGCUGUGCUUGUAGCCAUAACUGAAAGCGGUAAGACACAUUCUGAAGAGUCCACACUGAGUUUCAAGGAAGUAACAUUGAUUCCGGUUACAUCACAGGAUAACUUAUCAACACUUGGCCACACAGAGAACCCAAAAGCUGCCCCCAUUUCAGAGAUUUCUGAAUCAGAAGCCUCAGGGGAUGGGACACCUGUUAUCUUCAUCAGAGAGAUGUCCACACUAUCCCCUCCGAUGUUGAUGGAAGAAAGUGAAACGGUAACAAGCAGAGGGCAAACUCCUUAUGUGGCACACAUCGAGGAAACUUCUACAAGCUCAGAAGAGGAAGGUUUUACAUCUCAGACGAAAACAGUAGUUACCCCAUUCCCAACCUUGGCCCUGGCUCCCAAUCUGACCAUAGAGGAUAGUAUACAUAGCAUACAUUUGACAGCUGCUACAUCACAGCUUGAUGUCAAUAUUCAGUUUGUCACAACAAGUUCUCCUUUACAACAUCUGACAACCCCUGUAGAAUCCUUUGAACAGGCCAGAUCUGACGACAGCUUAACCCAUGUGCCUUACACCGAUCAUUCCUCUGAGGAUGCACUACUAAGCACAACCAGCCCCCUGUUGCCAAUUCAGAAGACAACCCAGAGUUCAACAGCCAACCCUGUAGAUGGGUCAACUUCAAAAGACAAUUGGACAAUUGAACCUCUAAAAGAAGCCAGUUCAAGUAGCACAGAGAGUGAAUCGUCAACCUCUACCCCGUUUUAUGAAAAAGACCCAGAUUAUGGCACCCCAGUAGAUUAUGAAGCACCAGACCUCUCCAAGGUUGAAUCGGUCCCGAUUUACCCAGGAGCACCUCCAAGCGCUCUGCCACAAACUACUCAGAGCCAGUCUGUUAUCUCAGCAGGCAGCGAAAGUGGCUCUGAGGGAAGCACUUCUCAAUCAUCCGUAAUAGCAGGGAGUAUCUCUGUUGUGCCUGCAGUGGAUCUGGAGAGUGACAAGGUUGAAGACAAAACUGAGCUAUCGGCUGCCAUCACUAGCCCGCCCUCUAUGAUAAUAACCAAAGCGCCCACUGUUGAGGCCGGUGAAGAAUCCACUAAAGAAAAGCCCUCAGCCGCUCCCGGUGAGAUCAAGACUGUAUUCAAGGCAGAUGUUACCACGAGUUUACCGAUGAUCAGAGAGCCAGGUAUGAGAGAGGAUUCCAUGAGUGUGGACAGAGAAGUGUCUGCCACUACGACCGCAAUCGUGCCUCUGGCUGAGACACAAAGCCUGGAAGACGUAAUCACAUCAUUGCAUACAACACCUUCUUCAUUCUCCAAUGAAAAUGACACAGUGGACCGGGAUGGGACACCCUAUACACCUCUCUUCAAUGAAGGAUUGCCUAUCAGUGGAGAAGAACCCAGCAACUCUGCUGAAACUGGACUGGACAUAAACCACAGCAUCAUCGGCGAGACUGUUGAAAUUCCAGGUUUUCACUCAUGUGUGAACAACAUUUGUUUGAAUGGCGGUUCCUGCUUCAAGACCGGCAGUACAAUUUCAUGCAGCUGUCCCCCUGGUUACAGUGGAGUCCGUUGUGAAACAGAUAUUGAUGAAUGCCAGUCCAACCCUUGCCGUAACGGUGGUACAUGUGUUGAUGGGGUUGGCUACCAUACAUGUGUGUGCCUUCCCAGCUACUCCGGCCGUAACUGUGAAGAGGACACUGAAACAUGUGGCUAUGGCUGGCAUAAAUUCCAGGGCCACUGCUACAAGUACUCUCCCCAUAGGAGGAACUGGGACAACGCAGAGCGCGAGUGCAGAAUGCAGGGCGCUCACCUCGCCAGUAUAGUUUCCCACGAGGAGCAGCAGUUUGUCAACCGUCUGGGCCAGGACUACCAGUGGAUAGGCCUGAACGAUAAGGUGUACGACAGCGACUUCCGCUGGACCGACGGCAACCCUCUGCAAUAUGAGAACUGGAGGCCCAAUCAACCGGACAGCUUCUUCUCCGCCGGGGAGGACUGUGUCGUGAUGAUCUGGCACGAGGACGGACAGUGGAACGACGUACCUUGUAACUACCACCUCACCUACACCUGCAAGAAGGGCACAGUGGCCUGUAAUCAGCCCCCUCUUGUGGAGAAUGCACGUACCUUCGGCAAGAUGCGGCCACGCUAUGAAAUCAACAGCCUUGUGAGGUACCAGUGCCAGACCGGCUUCGUUCAGAGACAUGUGCCAAUCAUCCGUUGCCGUGGGGAUGGACGGUGGGAUACGCCCCAAGUAUCCUGCAUGAAUCCCUCAAGUUAUCAGAGGGCCUUCACCAGAAGACAUCAACACACUAGCCUGUACAGCAUCCACAACUUCAAAAGGCCAGAGGAGGCCAUCAACUAUCAACGCCAGCCAAGACACAGGGGGAAAAGAGACAGGACUGGUAACAAGUUGAGGAUGAGGAGACAGUGACCGCCAUUAAACAUGGACUAAACUGCACAUGGCACAUGGUGUGUCAAUAAGAAAUAAUUCCUGCAAGAAAAGGACAAGAGAAAUCUCCUCUGUGAAGAUCAGUGGAUGCAAUUUUGGAUGGCAAGUCGAGCCUUUAAGUGCCUUAAGAAGACUUGUUGUUGGAGGUCAUUCGGUUAUAAAAAGGAGAAAAUGCAAAGAUGGAUCCUUUCAGCUGGCUACUGGAAAAUAACAUUCAUUUUUAAUUCUCCAAUGCUGCCACUUUAAGAACUUUAAGCUGAUGCAUUCAUGACCAAAUAAUAAUAAUGUACUUACUUUAUAUUUUAUUUUUUUACAGUGUCUUUCUGAAAUCACCAAAGUAUUCCUUACACAGAUACCAGAAUUCCGCUUUUUUUCUAUAUUGUAGCGCUUAUGUAAUGUGAAGAUCUUAUUGUGGGGAGUAAUGCAAGCAGAGACCUGAAUCCGCUUAAUGAGUGUGUGUACACACAGUCAUCAAAGUAGACUUAUCCAGCUGUGUUCUUUGUUUAAAUCAAUUGUGUGGUCUACAAGAGCAGAUCAGUAGAGCAAUCAGCUGAACGACACAGGACAAUACACAGGAAAAUCCUUGGUACAUCUGCAGUUUAUUUGUCAAACUGUGUAAGUUAUUGCAGCAACAGUCUUUCACUGUUUAACGAUUUGUACUAAUACAUCUUAUCCAAGCUUGUGGUUAAACAAAAACACCAUGCAUUUUUUAAAUGGCAAAUAUCUGUGUUUUCUACAACUUACAAUAUCUGUAAAACUACAUAAUUAUGACCUAAAGACUCUUCUUUUAGGGGCAUAGCUAUGCAUAAUUCCUGUUACCUUUUCCUUGCCUUGUGCUAAUGUCUAUCAACAGUUGAGAGAAUGUAUUUUGUGAAUCAAUAAGACUUGAACCUGAUGCCUGUUAAACCAGAGAUGCUUAUAAUUUAUUUCCAAGCUGCUCAAAACUGUAUGCCUUUACAGAUAAUGUAAUAUUCAGUAACCUGGGCCAGCAGUUCUCUUUGUGCAUACAGAAAAUGUCGACCAGCAAGCAAAAGAGCUUGUGUUUAUGGAAGAUGACAUGCCUGUGAAGAUGAUACUUUACUUAUAAAUACAUUUAAACUAUACAUAAUUUCAUAAAAAGACAACAGUGGAUGAAAGGGUAGGCACCAUCCAUUGUACUUGUAUUCUCACGUUGCAAUGGUGAUGUUGUUUUGUUACAAAAGGAUUUCAGAUUUUUUAUUUUCUGUCUGAGUGUAUGUGUGUGUGUGUGUGUGUGUGUGUGUGUGUGUGUGUGUGUGUGUGUGUGUGUGUGUGUGUGUGUGUGUGUGUGUAUGUGUGUGUGUGUGUGUGUGUGUGUGUGUGUGUGUGUGUGUGUGUGUGAAUGUGUGUGUUUCUUUCAGCAUUCAAGUGCACAUAAUAGCAUUAUAUAUUUAAAAUUUAAAA